CCUACAGCAGCGGACUAACACCACCACCGACAACACAAACGGUGUAACCGUUCUCACGUUUUCAUUAACCUGCGCGGAUGGAUAUAAAGAAGCGAGUGAAGCGGAGUCGAAUAUUCACCUGUGGAGCUCGCGGGCAGCCUUAAACUCCUUUGUAUUAUAUUAACCGGACUUUACCUGCCGGAUUUGAACGUUUCAACAUUUAAUCUGACCUGGAUUUAGACGCGACUCAUUCACUGUGGAUAAUGUGGAUUAAUCCGAUUUUAACGUGUUUUUUAAAACGACUUUAAAACACAUGAAGAGGAAUGUGGCGGCACAGGUGAAGUUUGAGACAUGAUCGACACCUUGACUUUGAUUCAUGGAAUAUAUAUAAAUAUAUUUUGCUUUUUUGCCGACGACAGUAACCGAUUUUAAACUCCGAUAAAAAACGACUUUUCCUUCACCUUUCUUUCUUAAAAUCAAGAGAGAAUUUUCCCUGAUUCAUUCUCCUGAUAUCACCGGACAUAUUACCGGACAUAUUACCGGACAUAUCCCUCCAUCCAGACUCGCAGUGACAGGCCCCCGCGCGCUGAGCAGCCCGCUGACAGGGCUGCUGCUCGCGGGCAAUGGGUGGUUGAGUCGGACCCUUUUAUCACCAGCCCCCCCACCCUCACCCCCCCCGUUUAAAAACCAGCAAAAAAACUGCCCAACAGCAUGAGGAGGAAACCCGACACCCGCUGAGGUCACAGGGAUAAAUAAUUCAGCGCUGGUGGAAGUGGACUACCUGCCGGGCAGAGGAUGGCGUGCUGGAAGGAGGGCGCCACCCUCCUGCUGGUUCUGCUGGUCCUGCUCGACCUGCACCCGGUCACCGGGCGAACGGGUCAACACCACAGCCUGAGACGCCAAACUCGAGGGCACCACGAGCACCGGGCGCAGCAGAACAUCACGCUUGCCAUCAUUUUACCACAGAGCAACACUGACUACCCGUGGGCGUGGCCUCGCAUCGGCCCCGCCCUGGAGCGCGCUGUGAAAACCGUCAAUGCCGACCCCACCCUGCUCCCUGACCACCACCUCACCUACGCCUUCAAGAACAGUGAAGACAAGGACGGCAUCUGCUCAGAGUCUAUUGCCCCGCUCAUGGCGGUGGACCUGAAACUCGCCUAUGACCCGUGGGCUUUCAUCGGGCCUGGCUGCUCCUACACCUCCUCCCCUGUUGGUCUCUUCACCACCCACUGGGAUGUUCCCAUGGUUACGGCGGGCGCUCCAGCCGUGGCCUUUUACGGCGGAGUCUACCCGUCCAUCACCAACACGGGCCCCACCCACAAGAAGCUGGGGAAGUUCGCCCUGAGGAUCUGUGAGCACUUCGGAUGGCGGGAACACGUGAUGCUCAUGUUCAACGACAACAAGGUGGACGAUCGGCCGUGUUACUUCGCUGUGGAAGGUCUGUACACGGAGCUGAAGAGCAUCAACAUCACGCUGGAGGACAGAGUGUUCGAGGAGAACAAGCUGCCCAUCAACUACUCCCACAUCCUGUCCGACAUCCAGAACGACGGCCGAGUGCUGUUUGUCUGCUGCUCCCCUGACGUCUUCAGGAAGCUGAUGGUUCAGUUCCGGCAGGCCGAUCUUCCUCACGAGCAGUACGUCUUCUUCUACAUCGACGUGUUUGGAGACAGCCUGAACUCCAAGAACAGACAGCCGUGGGCACGUGGAGACGAGGACGAUGCCAUCGCUAAGGAGGCCUUCCAGAGUGUGAAGAUCCUGACGUACCGAGAGCCUCAGAACCGCGAGUACAGACAGUUCGUCAGCAACCUGAAGACGGACGCCAAGAAAAUGUUCAACUACACCAUCGGUGACACGCUGAUGAACAUCAUAGCAGGAGGUUUCUACGACGGUCUGAUGCUCUACACCCACGCUCUGAACGAGAGCAUGUCUGCGUCCGGCGGUCGACCUCCGGGCAAAGUCGUCACCAAGAGGAUGUGGAAUCGAACCUUCCACGGUGUGACGGGACUUGUUCACCUGGACGAGAAUGGAGACAGAGAGACAGACUUCGCCCUUUGGGACAUGAUCGACACCAACAGCAGCGCCUUCCAGAUCGUUUUGGUUUACAACAGCUCCGAGGAGCAGCUGACGGCCAUACCUGGGACAUCGCUGCACUGGCUGGGCGGAGUCUGUCCUCCUGACGUCCCCGUCUGCGGCUUCAAGAACGACAACCCUGUCUGCCUCGCCAAAACAAUCACCAUCCACCAGAUGGUCUCCAUUGUGGUCCUCUUCAUCUUCACCAUGACGCUCACCAUCACCGUCUUCAUCUACAGGAGGAUGAAACUGGAGAAGGAGCUGGUGGCUCAGCUCUGGAGGAUUUCCUGGGAUGACAUCCAGAUGAGUAACCUGGACAAAGUGCUGCGGAGCGGCAGCAGGAUCACACUGUCACUGAGAGGCUCUAAUUACGGCUCCCUGAUGACUGGAGAUGGAAACCUCCAGGUUUUUGCAAAGACCGGAUACUACAAGGGAAACAUCAUCGCCAUCAAAUACAUCAACAGGAAACGCAUCGAGCUGAACAGGGACGUUCUGUUUGAGCUCAAACAUAUGCGUGACGUUCAGAACGAACAUCUGACCAGGUUCAUCGGAGCGUCCAUCGACAGCCCCAACAUCUGUAUCAUCACAGAGUACUGUCCCCGAGGAAGUCUGCAGGACAUCUUGGAGAACGACAGCAUCACUCUGGACUGGAUGUUCAAAUAUUCUCUCAUCAACGACAUCGUCAAGGGCAUGGUGUUCCUCCACAACAGCGUCAUCUUCUCUCACGGUAAACUGAAGUCGUCCAACUGUGUCGUCGACAACCGCUUUGUCCUGAAGAUCACCGACUACGGUUUGUCCAGCUUUAGGUCCGAGAGCAACUCAGGGAAGGACGCUCAUGCCUACUACGCCCAGAGGCUGUGGAUGGCUCCAGAGCUGCUCAGGAUGGAGGCUCCUCCUCCUCAUGGAACUCAGAAAGGAGACGUCUACAGCUUCGGCAUCAUCCUCCAGGAGGUGGCGCUGCGCCGAGGAGCCUUUUACUUAGAGGGAGACCCCCUCAGCCCUAAAGAGAUCGUGGACCGGGUGGUUCUGGGCGAGUGGCCCUGCCUGAGGCCGAUCAUCGACACCCAGAGUCACAGUCCCGAGCUGGGUCAGCUGAUGCAGCGCUGCUGGGCCGAGGAACCGACGGAGAGGCCGGAGUUCAACCACAUCAGAGUGCUGCUGCGCAAACAGAACAAGGAGUCAAGGACCAACAUCCUGGACAACCUUCUGUCCCGUAUGGAGCAGUACGCCAACAACCUGGAGGAGCUGGUGGAGGAACGAACACAAGCUUAUCACGAGGAGAAACGCAAGGCGGAGGCUCUGCUGUACCAGAUACUACCACACUCGGUGGCGGAGCAGUUGAAGCGAGGGGAGACGGUUCAGGCGGAGGCCUUUGACUCCGUCACCAUCUACUUCAGCGACAUCGUCGGUUUCACAGCGAUCUCCGCAGAGAGCACGCCGAUGGAGGUGGUGACUCUGCUCAACGACCUCUACACUUGUUUUGACGCCAUCAUCGACAACUUUGACGUUUAUAAGGUGGAGACCAUCGGCGACGCCUACAUGGUGGUGUCGGGGCUGCCGGUGAGGAACGGGAAGCUGCACGGCAGAGAGAUCGCCCGCAUGGCGCUCGCCCUGCUGGACGCCGUCCGCACCUUCAAGAUCCGCCACCGAGCGGAGCAGCAGCUGAAGCUGAGGAUCGGGAUUCACAGCGGUCCGGUGUGUGCAGGGGUCGUGGGUCUGAAGAUGCCACGUUACUGUCUGUUCGGUGACACCGUCAACACGUCGUCUCGUAUGGAGUCGAGUGGAGAAGCGCUGAAGAUCCACGUGUCCGCGACGACCCGCGACGUCCUGCUGGAGUUCAACUGCUUCCAGCUGGAACUGAGAGGAGAGAUCGACGUCAAGGGCAAAGGAAAGAUGACCACCUAUUGGCUACUGGGAGAGAGCAGCAGCCAAUGACAACACACGGCGGACGAGAGGAUGACGGAGGAGAGGAGGGGAUGAACGGACAAGGAGGGACAGGGAGGACAAAAGGAAACAGGGAAGUAGGAAGCGGAUAAGGAAACGAAGGAGAGAGAAGGGAACAGAAGAGAGGAUGGAGGAAAUGAAUGAAGGAAAUGGCUCCUCUUCGUCAGACAACUCUUCACCUCCGAGAAGAUUCUCAUCUCUGAACAAAAAAAAGUCCUGGGUGGUUUUAGAUUCCACAACAUGGGAGGAAAGCAGCGGUACGUUCCCAAAACACACAUGGACGAAAACACUGUAAAGACUCUACAGGACAAAGUGUGUGUGAGAGACAAAACUACAGACGGAGACAGGAGGGACAGGAGGGACGAACUGAUCUGAAACCUGCAGAACCAGAAUCACACUGUACAAACGAAAGGCUGAAACAUGCAACUGAAGGAGCAGAGACUCUUUAUGUUCUGUGUUCCAGAGAAAAUCUAAAGCUCAGCUGGUUCACGCUUCACAGCUGAUCUGAAUUACUUCACCUGGUCCGGGUCUGUCUCAUCCACAGUGACAGUCCCACAGGAAAGAUCAGAGAAGCAGCUGUUUGACGCUCUUCAUCAGGAGGCGGGGAAGUUAACCCAGAUGUACAUUUACCAAAAAAAAAAGUAAUCCUCAUCCUUUUAAUCUUUUCUCUUGUUUAAUAGAAAAACAGGUGAGAUUUAAACUUUAUCUUUAGUGUUUUCAAACUGUAUUUUUCAGUUUUACUUGAUGAAGGAUGAAGAUGUCGGAUUAACUUCCUCGUCUCCAGUAAAGAGCAGCUGCUUCCCCGACGUGGACGAGACGAUUAAAAAAAAAAAAAAAGCUCAAUAAAAAUAUUAGAUUUGUUUUCAGCUGUUUGUUUUUCAUGAACUCUUUUGGAAUGUGUUUUUCUCUGUAAAUAAACAACAUUUCCCUGUGAAUUUAAAGAACCAGUGUGAAGGAUUUAGUGACAUCUAGUGGUGAAGUUGCAGUUUGCAGCUGACUGAAUCCGCCCCCUCCCUCACCCCUCCCUUUCCAAGUGAAGGAGAAUCCACAGUGGCCUUCAGGUGACAUAAAAACGUGAGACACCCCCCCACCCCGAGAGCCAAGAGAGUUUGUCCGUUCUGGGCUUCUGUAGAAACAUGGCGGCUCUGAGGAGGCGGGGCUAUUUCUUCUGAUAGAUCCCCUUAAAUCCUCCAUACUGGUCCUUUAAAUAAAGUUUUUUAUUUGAAUUAGAAAAUGUCCCAUAACCCUCUUUGGUUUUAACCUUGGUACAAUCACAUGAUCUUCACAUCUAAUGGGUUAAAUUCAACCUCACAGCGAAGGAGCUGAGGACACAGUUGGACAGCUGGGGAUCAAACCUGUGACGUCCCAGCUACAGUACAGUGUCCCAGAGGACUGAAACACCCCGAGCAACGACUGGGACAAAACGUCCUGCAGCUGUGAAAGUAUCUCCCCCAGUGAACUGAUUCAUGAAGUGAAACAGCCUCAAAAUGUAAACAAAUCUUAAUGUACGAAACACAUUGACAUUUUUAUAUAGUGCCAUUAAACACAUGUGUGACAUGUGGACAACAAAGCAAUGUCUGAGUCUCGUGUACGAGUUCAGUUUUAAACUACACACCUCGUUUUGGGAGAGUUAUCAUUAGCAAGUUCAUUGUUUUGUGUCUCUGAAGAGAGACUCAUCUGUUCAUCGACAACCUGCUUUCAUUUAAAGAGUCACACUGUCAGUUUGUAAUUUCAUGUUUUGUUUUCCCUCUGGUGCCAUUUUCGAUCCCAGCGUUAAGCUAAAUGAUGCAGCUUCAGUUCAGGUGGGGAUUCAGAGAAGUCAAAAUGAGCCAUGUGUGUUUUUUUUCUGGGGAUCAAACCAGCAUUGUUUGUUUUCUGUUUGUUUGUGUGUACUGACCUGUGGUGGCCUCAAUAAAGUGCUGUGCAGAGCUGUUUA